AUGCCACCAGCUAAUCCCAUUUGGAUUCAUUUCAAUAAACUUGGUCAAGUAUCAGGCUUUCAGCAACCUCGCACACAAUAUUGUAAUUAUGAAAUAAAUGCUGCUGUUGGUAAAUGUGUUGUGUAUUUUAAAAUUUGUUCAAGAGUAAGUAUAACAACUCUCCAAGGGUAUUUUGGUCCAAAUUUUCAACCCAAUGCAAAUCAACGUAAUUCUUGUUUACCAAUAGAACAAAAUAAUGUAAUCACUACAAGACAUUCACAAAAUUCAUCAAUCGAUAAUUUUGUUGAUAGGAUAUCUUUGGUAGAACAAGCUGAAGCUGGAUUAUUAUUUGCUCAAGCAAUUUAUCAAUGUGGACUAUUUUUAUCAUUACCUGAAUUAGAACCAAUUAAAGCUCUCUUCAAAAAACUUCAUCCUUGUUUUAAACUGCCUUCACAAAAAACCUUAUCAACAACAUUGCUUGACCAAGUACAUAACAAUACAAAAAAUGAAGUAGACAAUAUAAUAAGUUCAGCAAAUUAUAUUUGUUUAGUAUCUGAUGGAUGGAUAAAUAUUAUGCAGGAACAUUGGACAAAUUAUUUAAUUACUACACCAAAGCCAAUAUUUUUUUCUGCCCAUCAAACUGGUGAAAUUAGGCAUAUAGGAGAAAAUAUUGCAGCAGAUAUAGAAAACCUCAUAUUACAAAUUGACCAUUCUAAACUUUCAGGAGUCAUUACUGACAAUGCAAGCUCAAUGAAAAAGGCAUGGAAACUUGUGGCCAUUAGAUAUCCAAAUGUGUUUUUUCUUGGCUGUGUAGCUCAUUCUUUAAAUCUGUUAAUUGGUGACAUUAUGAAACUUUCAUGGGCAGAUACUACUAUGAAAAAUAUUAAAAGAACUGUUAAGUAUUUUAAAUCACAUCAAAUUCCAGCUGCAAUUUUGAAGCAAUAUCAACUUUCCAACUAUAACAAGCAAAUUUCACUAAAAUUACCUGUUAAGACACGUUGGGGAUCAUCAGCUGCUUGCCUUAAUUCACUUCAAGUAAACCAACUUGCAAUUGAAUUGACAAUAACAAAAUUAUCACAAAAUCAAGCUCUUGUUAUUGGAAUUUCAAUUUUUGAAUCAGGUACACCUUGUUUAUCUGGAGUUUUAGAUUGGUAUUAUGAUCAAUUAGAAUCAUCAGGUAAUAGGAUUAUAUUAAAGAUAUUUUAUAAAAAAGAUGGAAAAGCAUUUAUUUAUCACCCUAUCAUGGAAGUUGCACAUUUACUUGAUCCAUCAUUUCAUGGCUGCUGUCUUACUUCUAAUUCAAUGCAUAAAAUUUCACAAUUUAUUCAAAAAUUUUAUUCAAAUGAUGCAACAAUUAUUUGGACACAACUCUUGCAUUAUAGGGAAAAAAGUGGAAUUUCUGCAAAUCAACUUGCUUGGAAAACAGUUGGUAAAGUUGUUCCAAUAACUUGGUGGAGUGGGAAUUUCAUUGAUUCUGCACCUGAAUUAACUUAA